CUUGCGCGCAACCGUCGCGACCGCCUCUUCGGAAACUCCGAAGUCUUUGAGCGACAACACCAGUACGGGCUCGGUCAAGGCGGAGGAAGAUAGUUUUGAAGAUCAUUCGCUGAAGCUGCAGAAAAGACUGCGUGCCUCGAUCGAGCUGUCCUCAGGAAACGCCGGCACAAGCAGUCAGAGGAGCAAGCGGCCCUCCAGCUUACUCUCGGAGCAGCAACUGAGCGCGGCGCCCCCAACGAUAAACAACCUGCGUCCUUUGCAAGCGCAGGGUGGAGGGCCCGCGGAGACGCAAGAACUCAUGGACGGUUACGCAGCUGACAAGGCCGCUGCUCGAACGUCUUCUCAUGGCGAAGCUGUUGCAAGCGACGCGCCCCACGACGAGGCGGCAAAUCGUCCACCUCUGACCGGGCCAAUUGUGAUCGGCGGUGGAAGCGCCGGACCCUCGCGUGCCAGCCGAGUUCUUGCGCCCGAUAGUGCUGACGACGGGACUGUCAUAAAUCUGUUCAAAUC